CACAAUGUAUAAGAGCCAGAAGGGCAUCGGUGGAAGUGCGGUGUUCUACAAACCGGUUGGUGGUGCAACAGAAGUAAGAUCCGGAUAUCUGUUCAAGUCACCCCCACAAAAACGGUUAAAGGCAGAGUGGAAAAGGCGGUAUUUUGUCCUCUUCAAAGUCAGUGAACAUGAGCAUCAGCUGAAGUACUUCAGGAGUCCACAGGAGAAGGACAGACCACUUGGGGGGAUCGAUUUAUCACACAUUUCCUUGUUGAAUGUGAGCCCUCAAACUCACCCCAGAUGGGGAUGGGUGCAGAAGAGUUUGAAGUGCUCCCCGUCCUGUGUGCUCUUCAUCCGUGCAGCAGACCGAGACUACUUUCUCAUCGGAGAGAGCAGUGAGGAAGUGGACGGCUGGUUCUGUGACCUGUUUGACGCCUUGAAAAACCGACCAUAUAAAUUUGUCAGUGCAGAGGACUUGUCAAAUGGACAGCACAGUGUUGAGACUAUUUCCAAUCCCAUUAUGCGGAGAAAGAGCGCCAGUGCUGUACCUGAUAAGCCUGUGUUUAAAGUACGAUCAAUGUCUGAUCCCUUAACUUUUGUGGAUGGUGAGACAAACAAGACAAAGGAUGAAGAGUACAGCCAAAAAAGAGCAUCGGCACCAGUACAUCCAAUCUACGACUACCCAACAUCCCCUUCAAAACAGGCUGGGGAAAAUGGAGUGACUGAUGGCAAAACAGAAUCCCUAUACGAAACGAUGGUGGAAGUGAGACUUGCUCAUGCAGCCGACCAUGAAGUCGAGGAGGUCACCAGAGGAACCCUGAUGAGGACUGUCACCCAGGUCUUUGACAAGCUGAAGACCCAGAUUUCACCGCUCCCUGCUUUCGACGAGGUGUCGGCCCCUGAGGACAGAGAGGGUCGUCUGACUUCAGACUUCAGCAGCAGCUCCAGUGAUACCGGAGCCAUGUCUCCAGUCGAGAUGAUGGACACACAAAAUUCACACAGACUGGAAAAACAAAGCUCUGCUGAAAGCCUUGACACCCUCACUCCAGAGGAGAGAGAAUUUGAGAUCAAGCAGGCAGAUUUGAAAAAACACCUGACGCUAACAGAAGUGGACGGGAAACCAUGUGUGUCAGGUUGGACCGGCCAGCCCCAGUCAGUGUGUUUGUUUCACAAAGGAGACCAAAUCCUUGCCAUCAAUGACCUGCAUACCUGCAGCUUGGACGAGUUUAACAUGUUUCUCAGCAAAGCCCUCAAGAGUGAGGUUAAGGUGACCAUCCUUCGUCUUCCUGGAUGUCUGCCUCUGCACUCACCAAACAUUCCCUGCACCGACUGACUAAUCUCUAGAGACAAAACAAUCCUCUCCUCUCUUUGCCUGGGUGUGAUCAAAUGACUCUUAAAGGA